AUGUCGUACAUGGACAGCGAUGAGGAGGCAUCCCCCGAGAUGCUCCAACAGUAUAUGAAGGCGGUGGAGAUGGCCCAGAAGGAGGACCUUUCCGCGUUUGACCGAGUCGGCUUGAUCCGAUCGCUAGGCAAGAACAAGGACAACCAGGAGGUCCUUCUCAUCACCUUCUGCUUUCUUUCUGGCGCAGCAGACGAACUAGAGAAGGCAAUGCACUACGGACUGGCGAAACUACAUGCAAUGGAGAAUCAACCGUUUGUUCUAAUCUUCGGCCUGGCCAUGACCAACUGGCUCACCGAUGCUGCCUCGCUUCUUCAGCAGUGCUAUUUAUCACUCCCUAGCUCGAUCAAAAAGAGCCUGAAGAAAGUCUAUAUUCUGCACUGGACGACGGCCAAGAAGAUGGUUCUUGAAGCAAUGUCCUCUGUCGUCUCUGAGAAAUUCGCAAACAAGAUUGUCUACGUAGAACAGCUCUCUGACAUUCUCAGCACACUUCAAAUGCCACCUACGGAAGCACUCACGAAGUUCCCAUAUGUCGUCCAGCACGAAGAGGAAGAGCGUCUGUCUCCCGGUGACGCUAUUUCGAUUUACGGGACGCCUCUCGCGACGCUGUGUGCGCGAAUUCCGACAGACGUGGUUCCGCCAUACAAGCGGCUUCCUGCUGUGUACGUGGACUUUGUUGACCAUAUCACGUCUCGUGAUGUUAUCGGCACCAAAGACUUGUUUUGUUUGCAAGCUGACUGCGCGUCCAUCUACGCGUUUGUCGGGGAUAUCGAUCAAGGGAAUCCCUUUGCCGAAUGGACAAACAUCCCUGCUUUGAUCACCGGCUUCCGCCUUCUUUUCGAUUCCCUGCCUACACCGUUCCUCGGUGAAGGAGCAUAUGCUGCUUUCUCGGCCUUAACAAAGGGCGCGACCGCUCCUGACAAAACAGUUCUUCUCGACACAGUGACUCAGCUGCUCUCAGCUCUGUCUCCAGGCGAACAAGAAGCUUUCUCGUACGUGCUGAAAGCAUUCAAAACCAUUUCAGGCGAAUCGUCCCAAAACGGAAUGACUCCCCUGAAAAUCGCCGAGGUCUUCGCUCCCUCCUUCUGUCGGCCGCCGACCAAGCCAGACGCUCAAGCCCCCAUCGUUACCCAAAUGAUUGUGCAAGCAAUUUCUCUGGCUAUCGAGUCUCCUGAGAAGGUGACACCAAGUGAGAAGCCCACGACAGGCCCCCGUCCAGGACUUACUGAAGCUGGUAAUGCAGCAAAGGCUGCACCGAAGAAAAAACGAGCCGAGAGUUCUUCGUCUGAGUCGUCUUCUUCAUCUUCUGAAGAAGAAUCGUCUUCUUCGGAAGACUCCAGUGAAGAGACAGACAAAAGUGAGAAUGCGACACAGCCAGCAGCAGCGGCAGCUGCACCCGCCCAGCCGCCAGCGACCCCAGCGGCGAAGGCUCCAGAAACAAACACCCCGAAGGCAGCUGCGCCGAAACAACAGCUCAACCGUCAGGCUUCAAAAGGCAAGAGACCGAGUAGCUCGUCAAGCAGCGAGGAGAGUUCGGAGGACGACAGCACCUCCUCGGAGGAGGAAGAUAAUUGAACGUAAACUCCAACCGGAGAUUUUCGAGAAAGACUGGAGAAGGUUUGGCAAACAUCUUGGUAAAAGAACGCCAAGUCCCGAAGUGGAUCUUUUUAGGGGAAGGCGGAAGGCUAUUGGCUCGCGUGGUGGGGUAAUAGGUAUAUACGUCGGGUAUGCGAAACAGUUAAGCGCGUUUCAAGAAUUAUGUGUGGAGACUCAGUAAACGGCAAACUGAGGAUAUCCACGUGGACUCCCUGAUGACGUUUUUUUUGCU